AUGCCUUCACGUCGAUUUGGGCGGCCUGCCGUGGUCGUUGCUACACUUAUUGCCUUUUCGGUUCUCAUACUUGUAUUUAUUGGAGAGGGUUUAAAAGCAUUUGUCCGCAAGGAUGGUGUCAGCUUGGGGAAAAGAGAUAUCACUUUCGGUCUUAAUUGGCAAACAACAAUCUCUACCCCAUCCACUGCUAGAAGUGAGAUUUUGGCAUUGCAUGAUUGCUCGCCUGACUCUUUGAACACUCCAACAUCUCUCAUCAUCGACCGCAUACAAUCCGAAAAGCAUGCUAUGGAGGAGUCUACCACUGUCUCUGCCAUUCUUGCUCAAGGAACAAAUACAGUCUCAUUUGCUCUUCAAGGAAGAUCUGAUAUGGUGUCCGUUAUUCUAGCCGAUAUCAACAGUUUAGUGACACAUCCUACUGGCGUUAGCAAUACUGUUCGUGAUGCUACAGGACUACUUGCUAUUGCCAUGGCAAAGUCAAGACCAAGUAUCUCGACCACAUCAGUCCAAUCAGCCUCAACUCCUACUGAUCUUCACUCAUUGGCCGCUUUUGAAUUGUCGAAAAAAGCAGAAGCAUACAAUGUCCACCACAAUUCUCAUGGCGAGUCUUGUGAUUGUGCAGCAUGCAUCUCUUCUACGGCAGCUUCUAUUCCAAUAACAAUAGCUCCUCCUCUUCCAACGCAUGAGUUGAUGGCUAGAGCUUUUGUGGCUAGAGCCGAAACUGUCACCGUUACUAUCUCAGUAUGUUCAGACUCGGCAUCAAACUCGACUGGAUCGGCGAAUCAAAGUCCACCACCACCACCAGGUCCAAAAAAUUCCUCACCAGCUCCAGAAAUAUCAAACCCCGCGUCAUCAAGACCGAAGAAUCCCUCGCCUGCAUCCAACGCGACAUCCUCUGGACCCAAGAACCCUGUGCCUGGCUCUGAGAACUCAAAUGCAACGUCCCCUUCUAGACCAAAUCCCCCUUUCACUAAUAGCACCAACUCUGGAGCUGGUAGUGGGGGGGCUGAUGAUGAGGGAGCUGGUAAUAGGGGAGCUGCUGCUGGGUCUGCUGGAUCAGGUGCUGGUGGCGCCGCUUCUGCAUCUGGGGCAGUGGCUAGUGCUGCUUCUCUAUUCUCAGGCAACACUUCUCAGCCAACGGGUAAUGCCCAAUCAAGUAACAAAGGGAGCAAACCUUCAACCACGAUCAAAUCUACACCGGCCGAAAACACCUCUCCCGCAACAUCUGCAAGUAUAAGUCCGCCAAUUGCCAGCCAAGCAUCGGCUGCAUCGACUGGUAUCGAUAACAGUAUCUUCGCCCUUAUCACACCUGCUGUUUCGAAUAUUGUUUAUGUCAUCUCGACUAUUGGGCCUAUUGCUGUCAUGGUUGUUAUGGGUCAGAUAUGGCUUCUGUGA